AUGAAUGGCUAUCUUCCAGAGCCGGCCCUCUCGCGCAACGUUCCACGCACUGAAGGAGGAAACGGUGCUUUUCACAAUUUUCACAAUGAUUAUUCCCACAUCAGUGAUCCUAACCUUCGGCGAAGAUUGGCGCUUGCUGAGAUAGACAAGGUACCCUUUGGAUGGUAUCAUGUACGAGCAGUAAUGGUCGCAGGUAUCGGCUUUUUCACCGAUUCUUACAAUAUAUUCGCUAUCAAUUUAGUCACGUCGCUGUUAGGGAUCGUCUUCUGGCAAGGUGAACCGAUACCUGGAUCCAACGCAGGAGGAAACCAUGGAGUGCUGCCACAGGCAGUUAGUACGGCACUGAAGGCUGCCACGUCUGGAGGAGCAGUAAUUGGGCAAUUGGGAUUCGGCUGGCUGGCUGAUGUAGUUGGCAGACGGAAAAUGUACGGAGUGGAGUUGGGAAUAAUCAUCAUUGCAACAUUCGCCCAGGCAUUAGCUGCACCCAGUUAUGCGGUUACUAUGACAGGACUGAUGAUCUUCUGGAGAGUUCUUAUGGGGAUUGGGAUUGGAGGAGAUUAUCCUCUAUCUGCGGUCAUCACAUCAGAGUUUGCACCCACACGAUGGCGCGGUGCCAUGAUGGCAGCUGUCUUUUCCAUGCAAGGAACCGGACAAUUUGCCGCUGCUGUCGUAGCUCUGAUUACAACUAUCUCAUUUAAAGGCGCCCUUGAGGACACCACAAGUUCAUUCGAUAGCUGCCAUGACGCCUGCCAAAAAGCUGGAGAUAGAGCAUGGCGUAUCAUCAUUGGAUUCGGAGCGGUACCAGCUGUCUUUGCAAUGUAUUGGCGUCUCACCAUUCCCGAGACACCAAGAUACACUUUUGAUGUUGCACACGAUAUUGAGAAAGCACAUGCUGAUAUCAAGGCAUACAUGAACAACGAGGCUGAGGGGGUUGUUGAUCCGAUCCUCCAGGAAAAGACAAAAUUGAGACAAGGCAGAAACCUCAGAGCUCCUAAAGCGUCGUGGAGGGAUGCCUUUGACUAUUUUUCACAGUGGAAAAAUUUCAAGGUUUUGUUCGGGACUACGGCCUCGUGGUUUCUACUAGACCUUGCAUUUUACGGCCUAGGUCUCAACAACAGCAUAAUUCUCAACGCAAUCGGCUACUCUCAUGGUGACACAAUUUAUCAAACCCUUAUAAACAACGCCCUGGGUAGUCUCAUCCUCGUCUGCGCCGGUGCCAUCCCCGGAUACUGGCUCACAGUCUUCACAAUCGACACCAUCGGCCGCAAACCUAUCCAAAUAAUCGGAUUCGCUAUCCUCACCAUUCUUUUUUGCAUCAUCGGAUUUGCAUACAAAUCCCUCUCCUCCGGCGCCCUCCUCGCCCUCUACAUUCUCGCCCAACUAUUCUUCAACUUCGGCCCCAACACUACCACCUUCAUCAUUCCAGGCGAAUGCUUCCCAACCCGCUACCGCUCCACAGGCCACGGUCUCUCAGCCGCAAUGGGCAAAAUCGGUGCCGUAAUCGCACAAGUCAUAGCUCAACCGCUCAUGUCCAAAGGCGCACCUCCACAUUGUCGAGGCACGGAAUGCCAGCCCUGGCUCAACCACCUCAUGCAAAUCUUCGCCUUCUUCAUGUUCUGCGGCACGCUCGUCUCCUUCCUGCUCCCCGAGACCAAAGGCCGUACGCUCGAAGAAUUAGCGGGAGAAGGCGAGGAAGACGAGGGACCGAAACCCAGCUGGCGGAGUCGAAUUCGCAUCUUUGGAGGUGGCAAACCAGCUGGGUUCGAGACUAUGAAGUCGCCUAAUUUAUUACCGCGCAGUCCUGGGUUGAGGGGGAAGCAGAUGAGAGUCGGGAUCAUGGGUAGUCCUGAACUCCUGCCGAAAGCGGGGAUGAAGGGGAAGAAGAGGAAGGGGAAUUCGUUUGAGAGUGUCAAUGAGGGGUAUACUGGGAGUGUGAGUAGUGCUGGGAGGACGGUGAGGGAGGAGGAGGAGUUUAGGAGUGGCGGGGUACUGCCGGGGUGGAGUGCUGGGUGGGGGUUCAGGGCGAUGGGAGGGGUGGGAAUGGGAAUGGGAGGGUGGAGAGUAUUAUGUUGA